UUGAAAACCGAGGAGAACAUUAAGGAUUAAAAGAGACUGAGAGAAAAGUGGCCAAAAUGUUGAUCACUAUGCUAACAGCCAUGUAUGUCAUGGUUAAAGUUGUAGAAUCGAUAGGGUCACGAUUUGCACGGCAAGAAGAGCCUUUGCCUUACAUGGUGUCUCAGCCUUUGCCUUGGCAGGUUCACUCUGUAUCACACAGCCGAAGGAGCAGCAAAGCAGAAGAGUUCGAUGGCCUCAGGAGGAACAGCAUAGGGGUGUACAGAAAAAACUAUGUCUCCAUGGCUAUUGCCUCUACCUCUCUGGCUAUCCCCUGUGUCCUGUCGUGCUCAGACUCCAAUACCAGCAAUGGGACGUGUACCACGCCUGUCGCUCCCCCACUCAGUCCAGUUGAGAUUGAGAAGGCUGCCUCUACCAUCCAGUCCCACUUCAGGAAGUUCCAACAGAAGAAACACAAGAACGGCAAGUAGAUGGACAGAGAGGGUGCGUGGUGCAGGCACAGCGAGAGUCAACAGGAAGCAAGCGGGACAUGAGUGGAUUCACCAUGAAAAGAAGAGACUUUAAGAUGAUAUUCAAAAGCACAUAUGAAAGCUCAAACAUAAAUGUUCAUCUUUGCUUAGGGUUAGAAUUCUCAGAAGUAGGGACAGAGACUGAACAGUGGAAAGCUUACAGAAAAAGUGCCACACACUGGUUCCAGAUAUUUAUCGAGCCAGAGAGUGUGACACCUUUUUGAAAGUAGCUAAAUGAUUUAUUUUCAGUGAACAGCACCUUAUUACAUUUUUGUGUGUGUAUUACACCUUUCUACUUUAGAAAUUUAGGAGUAAUAUAAAGCAAUACCCUUCAUGUCAAACACUGCUUGUAAUACUUAAUGUGAAUAAUAAAUGUUAAAAUACUGUACUUCUGAAUGAAUAAGCUUGAUCCGUCCUGAUGACAGGGUGACUGUGAGGGUGAGUGUGUGCGUGGUUGAAUAUGUUGCAAUUUAUAUAUGACUUUUAUUUUGAGUAUAUAAACUUGGAAAAAACAUUUAUUUGUCUACAUGUUGUCCUUUCAAAAAACUGUUGAAAUUUGGAUGAUUUAAAUAAACUCAUCUGUCAGA